AGCGACCCCACCUUCGACAUCCUCGACUGGCACCCCGCCUACCAAUCCUGCCAGCGCUUCUUCCUCGACCACGCGCAACACGAACACGCCACCCAAGCGCUCUGCGCCCUCAUCAACAUCCGGCUCCCCUUCCAAUACUUCAGCAAUCCCAUUGACUCUUCCGCCGGGUUGGCCUACCCCUUCACCUUCCCCCGCCCAGGCACAAGCCCACCCAACAACCGUCCCCGCCCUACACCCGACCAAGGCGCUCCUCCACCCUCCACUUUCGUCUCGCUCAUUCCGUACGUCAAACGCCUCGUCGUCACCGGCUUCGACAAGCCCGCCAUCCUGCAUGGUCUAUUCGGCGACGACUACAAGCGCGGCAUCCUGCCGCAUCUCGACUGCGAGCGCAGAAACUACCUCUUCGCCGCCAAGCACCAAGGCUGGGGGUGCAAGAGGGGCUACGACAAUGGCAGCGGGACUGGAGGCGACGAGAGCGUGCCGUUCAUGAAGCCCCUAUGCGAGGCGCAGGUGGAUGAAUUGACUGCGGCCGAGAAGGCGUGGAGUGGGUGGUUGGCGAUGGAGGAUUGGAUGAUUGGGCCGCGCGCGCCCAAGGAUGACGAGGAGCAUGAG